GGCUUUAUUGCCUGCCCUUUAUUUUCACGAUGUGUUUGUGCAUUCUGUAAAAAGUGGGAAACACUGUUCUCGGGAUUGUGUGGGUGAUCGCCGGUCGCCUAGCUUGCCGUUCUUCAGGUAUCUCCUGCUGCUCCAGAAUCUACAUCUGAAUGUCAAGGCAUAGCUUUUCCAGGAGCUUUUAAACCGACCUUUCAAUUCGAAGACGUAACUGCGCCAGGAGCUUUGUCUCCCUGGCAUAUAAAAGCAUAGAGGAGAGCAACUUCUGAUUUUUAAAAUAAGUAAACUAAUCUGAAUUGUUUGCAAUGGUAGGAACUUGUUAUAUAAAAUGUUAAUUAGGUGGCCCGUGCUCGAAAACUGCUGUCAGGAUAUGACCAAUGGGAGAGUAGACCUAGGCUCCUUCAUUUGCAUGCAGACUUCACGACAAAAUAACGAAUCAGAGAUGGAGAAACUAAAUCUUCAUUUACAUAACAUUGUCUACAAAUUCCGAGGAUCAGGAGAUGUAGAUUUCAUUUUCAUUCCUACCUGCAGAACAGCAAAGAUAGCAUGCCUGAGCCAGCCAAGUCUGCUCCCGCCCCGAAGAAGGGCUCCAAGAAGGCCGUGACCAAGGCGCAGAAGAAGGACGGCAAGAAGCGCAAGCGCAGCCGCAAGGAGAGCUACUCCGUAUACGUGUACAAGGUGCUGAAACAGGUCCACCCCGACACCGGCAUCUCCUCUAAAGCCAUGGGGAUCAUGAAUUCCUUUGUCAACGACAUCUUCGAGCGCAUCGCCGGCGAGGCUUCCCGCCUGGCGCAUUACAACAAGCGCUCGACCAUCACCUCCAGGGAGAUCCAGACGGCCGUGCGCCUGCUGCUUCCCGGGGAGCUGGCCAAGCACGCUGUGUCAGAGGGCACCAAGGCCGUUACCAAGUACACCAGCUCCAAGUAAACUUGUCCCUGCAACUGCCUUAGUAAACCCAAAGGCUCUUUUCAGAGCCACUCACCUUUUCACAAUUGGAGCUAUAUACUGACAUGUGAAGAUACUAGAAACUCCUGCAGCUGAAAUAGGCAUGUUUUUAAAACUUAAAAUGGCACUCACUGUCUGGGCUGGUGGCAUUAUGAAACUCUGGUUUCCGUGUUUUAUGAGGUAUCACUCGAUAGCACCUAAGAGGAAAUAGUAAUUUCAUAGUUUUGCUCUACGAAGAGAAACUUCGUUUCUCAAGAGUCCUUAAAAAUACGGGUUUUACCAAAGAAGCCCAUAUUAUGGGGGGCUGGAGCGGGGGUGGGGAAGGAGGAGAGGAGACUGCUGCUUUCAAGUAGUUCUUAAUGUUGAAUUUGCUUUUUUCCUUUCCUCAAUUACUUCAAAAAGGUCUUAAUUUGGAUUUUUAUUUUAGGUCCUAAAGGAAAAAAUAAAAUCCUCUUCCCUCCACCGCCUCACCUGUCUGGUUUCACCAAUUAGACUUGAACAAUUCUAAGCGUGCAACCACACUCGCGCUCGCACACACACAUACACACAUUGUUCAUUGAUCGACAAUCCCCGUCUCAUCUUAAUCAUGUUCUUAGAGAAGUUGGGUCUCCAUUGUUAAGGAUUCUCCUAAUCACAAAAACUGACUAUAUACCUAUCCCCAAUCCAAUCAUUAAUAAGGGGCAUGUGAUCUUUAGGAUAGGUGUAGUCAAAUUAAUCAGAUCCCUGAGGCUACAAGGAACUCUGCCUUCUCUGGAGAACAAGUCAGGGAACAAAGAAAGUUGUAUUAGGAAGAAAGGAGGGGAAAUGAUUUUUGGGGAGGAGGCAUCUGCACUGCCUGAUACAAGCACCUUCCAGGCGAAGGUGGAUGGAAGGAAUAUCCAGUAGGCUGAAAAUGGAUAGUCAUUCCUUCAUAUUCAAGUGCCAAGCAGUGAAUUUUGUACUGAGGACUUUUGCACUGAGAAUAGUGGUUCUCAGACUUCAGUGUGCAUCAGAAUCACCUGGAGAGCUUGUUAAAGGAGAUUGCUGAGAUAAAGACUAUGCUAACCAAGCCUCCUGCUCAAGUGGAGUUUUCUUCUGAUAAAGAUGUGGGAGAAGACUGUGAAGAGUCUGAAUGUCAAACAAUGAAGUUUAGAUUUAUUUUGCAGACAAUAAAGUUAUAGAAAGCUUGUGAGCAAGGACUAACAAAAUUAUAACUAGUUCUAGGAAUAUGCUUCUGGUGGCAGGAGACUGGAUGCAGUGGAGGGAAAUGAUGUUGAAGGAGGAUAAAGUUUCAAGCCAAAGAAAUGGCAGGAGUAAUGGAGCAGAGGAUACAAUAAACAAAUCAGAGAGUAGUUGAAGGGAUUUCAUUCAGUAUUUCAUCAAAUAUUGAUUGCAUUCCCUCUGUGCCAGGCAUUGAAAUACUUCAGUGAGCAAGACAGACAAGAGACUGCCCUUCUGAGGCUCAUAUCCUAGUGAAGGAAGAGAGAUGAUAGACUCGGCAUGGUGGCUCACGCCUGUAAUCCCAGCACUUUCGGAAGCCAAGGAGAGCGGAUCAUCUGAGGCCGAGAUUUCAAGACCAGGUUGUCCAACAUGGCAAAACCCUGUCUCUAUUAAAAAUACAAAAAUUAGCUGAGCAUAGUAGCACAGGCCUGUAGUCCCAGCUACUUGGGAGGCUGAGGCAGAAGAAUAGGAGAAUUGCUUGAACGCAGGAGGCGGAGACUGCAGUGAGCCAAGAUCACACCACUGCACUCCAGCGUGGGUGACAGAGGGAAAUUCCAUCUCAAAAAAAAAAAAAAGAAGAAGAAGAAGAAGAAGAAGAAGAAGAAGAAUAUAGGUCUAUUUCACUCAGUAAAUGGUAACAAACUCACUCCUGUUCAAUGUAUUAUUUAGUAUUAUGUCUGCGAUUCCUCUCUGUCUUUAAAUUUGGGAUCUCUAGAUCUCAGACCCUGAAAUCCUAGACUUCUGGUUGUUGACAGGAAUCCAUGGAGCCCUGGGAGUUCCUUGAGUUUCUGAGAAUAAAUGAGCCUCAUAAAAUGUCUAUGUUCAUAUGUCUAUUUUCAACAGAUUCUCAAAGGAGUUUUUGAUCCAUCUAUUACUACGAACUACUCUAUAUUUUUUUUGAUACAGAGUUUUGCUCUUGUUGCCCAGGCUGGAGUGCAAUGGCACGAUCUUGGCUCACCACAACCUCUGCCUCCUGGGUUCAAGCGAUUUUCCUGCCUCAGCCUCCUGAGUAGCUGGGGUUACAGGGAUGUGCCACCAUGCCCAGCUAGUUUUUUAUUUUUAGUAGAGACAGGGUUUCUCCAUGUUGGUCAGGGUGUUCUCGAACUCCCAACAUCAGGUGAUCCCCCUGCCUUGCCCUCCCAAAGUGCCGGGAUUACAGGUGAGAGCCACCGUGCCCGGCAGAACCACUCUUUAAGGGAAGUCAGCCCAUUGAAAUAUACAGGUUACCACUGCUGAAGACAUAGAGACUAUCUAGUCUACCCAUUGAUAACUCUUUUUUUUUUUUUUUUUUUUUUGAGAUAGAGUCUCACUCUGUGACCCCGAAGUUGCUGGGACUACAAGCAUGUGCCAGCAUGCCCGGCUAAUUUUUGUAUUUUUAUUAGAGACAAGGUUUCUCCGUGUUGGCCAGGAGGGUCUCAAACUCCUGACCUCAAGUGAUCCACACACCUUGGCCUCCCAAAGAGCUGGGAUUACAGGCGUGAGCCACGUGCCUUGCCUGAUCUCUAAUUGUAAUUAGCCCCACUCUGUUCUGUCUAUAAUGGAACCCAACAGAGGUGAUACCAAGUCGACAGGCUCAUUUGGCAUCAGCUUUUCUGUAAAGGGCUUUCAGGUCAAUGGAAGGACA